AUUCGGACUGGCAUCCAGGACAUGAAGCCAUGCUGUGCCUUCUGCUGCUUCUCAUCGGGCUCAUCGGGCUCCAGACAGACAAUAAUUCUGAAAGACUACGUGUGCAAAUUACAAUACCGGAGAAAAUACGGUCAACAUUAAGUGGAGGAAUUGAAUCCCAUGUGUCCUACAACAUUGUAAUUGAAGGGAAAACAUACACCGUGAACCUAAUGCAAAAGGCUUUUUUACCUCGUAAUUUUAGAGUUUAUGGUUAUAAUGGCACAGGAAGUAUGAAGCCUCUUGAACAACAGUUUCAGUGCAAAGAGAACAUUGAAAUGGAAGAAAGCAGUGCAAGAAAUGACAAUGAUAAAACAGGAAAAACUGAAGAAGGAAAUCGAACAAAUUUUUGCUACUACCGAGGGUUUAUUGAAGGUUAUCCAAAUUCUAUGGUGACCAUCAGCACAUGUACUGGACUCAGGGGCUUACUACAGUUUGAAAAUGUGAGUUAUGGGAUUGAACCCUUGGAGCCUUCAAUAGGUUUUGAACACGUGAUUUAUGAAGUAAAACAUAAGCAUAAAGGUGUUUCUUUAUAUGCUGAGAAGGGUAUUGAAUCAACAGAAAUGCCCUAUAAAAUACAAAGUAUAGAGCCACUCUCAGAGUUCUCUCAGUAUAUAGAAAUGCAUGUUGUAGUUGAAAAAAAUUUGAUCAGGUCAUCUUCCUCUGAUGACUUAUAUGUUUUGACCAACCAUGGUAGAAUAACUACACAACAGAACUUGAGAUGGGGAUGGGGACAGCUUCAGUACAAUCAUAUGGGUUCUGAUACUAUUGUUGUCACUCAAAAAAUCUUCCAGUUGAUUGGACUGACCAAUGCUAUUUUUACGUCAUUUAAUAUUACAAUAAUUCUGUCUUCAUUGGAACUUUGGAUAGAUGAAAAUAAAAUCCCAGUAACUGGAGAUGCUAAUGAAUUAUUACACAGAUUUUUAAAGUGGAAAAGAUCUUAUCUUGUUUUGCGUCCACAUGAUGUGGCAUUUUUACUUGUUUACAGAGAAAAACCAAAUUAUGUUGGUGCAACCUUUCAAGGGAAGAUGUGUGAUAACCAGUAUGGAGGCGGUGUUGCUCUGCAUCCCAGAACCAUAAGUCUGGAAUCACUUGCAGUUAUUAUAGCUCAAUUACUGAGCCUUAGUAUGGGAAUAGCUUAUGAUGACAUUAACAAAUGCCAGUGCUCAGGAGCUGUCUGCAUAAUGAACCCAGAAGCAAUUCAUUCCAGUGGUGUGAAGAUCUUUAGUAACUGCAGCAUGGAGGAUUUUGCAACUUUUAUUUCGAAUCCAAAGUCCCAAUGUCUUCAAAAUCAGCCACACUUAGAUCCAUCAUACAAAUCUGUGGUUUGUGGUAAUGGACAAGUGGAACAAGGAGAACAGUGUGACUGUGGGGAUGCAGAGGAUUGUGCUGCUAACUUAAACUCAUGUUGUGAUCAUACCACAUGUACAUUAACAGUUGGUUCAACUUGUGAUAUUGGUGAAUGCUGUAAAAAUUGUCAAUAUUUGGCAAAAGGAGAAAUAUGUAGACCUUCCUCUGAUGAAUGUGAUCUCCCUGAAUAUUGCAAUGGAUCAUCUGCAACAUGUCAAGAUAACUUUUUUAUUCAGAAUGGGCAUCCAUGUGGAGAGAAUCAAUGGCUUUGUCUGAAUGGAAGUUGUAUAAGUGGGAUAAAACAGUGUGUGGAUUUAUUUGGUGAAGGUGCAGAUUUUGGUCCUGAAGAGUGUUAUGUUCACCUUAAUUCUAAGACCGAUCAAUCUGGGAACUGUGGUUCAGGUCCUUCAGGAUACAUACAGUGUAAAACUAAGGAUCUGCAGUGUGGAAAAUUAAUAUGUGAAUAUAAAAAAGAAGAAAUAAUUAAUAUUCCAAAUGCCACUGCUAUUUAUGCCAACAUAAAUGGACACAUCUGCGUUGCAUUGGAUUUUCCACAUGAUUUUAUAAUUACCAAAAAGAUGUGGGUAAAAGAAGGAACUGUUUGUGGUAAUAAUAAGGUUUGCAAGAAUAAAGAAUGUGUAGAUGCUGGAUAUUUGAAUUAUGAUUGUACUCCAGGAAAAUGCAAUGAACGUGGUGUAUGCAAUAAUAAAAAGAACUGUCACUGUAACCCUUCGUAUUUGCCUCCUAAUUGUGAAACUAGUGAUGAUGCAUGGACUGGUGGGAGUGUUGACAGUGGAAAUUUUCCGCCUCAAGUAGCUGCUGGCCUUGCUAGUUCUGAAAGACGCUACAUUGAAAAUGCUUAUCAUUCCAAACCUACAAGAUGGCCAUUUUUCCUACUCAUUCCUUUUUUCAUUAUUCUCUGUUUACUGAUUGCCGCACUGGUAAAAGUUUAUUUCCAAAGAAACAAAUGGAGAACUGAGGAGUAUACAAGCGAUGAGCAACUUGAAAGUGAGAGUGAACCUAGGGAGUAGCCAGGAAAACAAUCCAUCAUAUCACAAAUAAUUAUCUUCGAUGGACAGAAAAAAUGAAAAAAACAAAAACAAAAACAAACAAAAAAAACCCAAAAAACAAAAACAAAACAAACCGCAGUUACCUGCAUUGCCUGAUUGGGAUUCAAAACCUGCAUGUUAUGGUUCUGAUCUAACAAGAAAAGAUGGAAGAUUUCUCAUAUAACAAAUGUAAUAUAAAUUUAUAGUUACAUAUAAAAUUCUACAGAUGAAUUAUUUGUAAGAAAGUCAUAUUUAUGAAUUUUUAUAUUAUAUAUUUAUUUUUUAAGUUAUACUAAUUGUUAGUAUGCACUAACUCUGUUAAGCAGUAGGCAUGAGAUAAAGAAAGGUUAUAAUAAAUCUAAUGUCAUGAUUAAAG